UAUAUUUGUGCAUCGCUUUAUUCUUUUUCUCCACAAAUAUCGCACAAACCUUACUUACUCUCAAUUCUCUCCUAUGGCGUCAAAAUCCAUCCUUGGCUUUAUCACUCUCUUUCUCCUUACACUUUGUAUUACUUCCUCCAUUCAUCGCAUAAGGCAGACUUCUGAUUACAAUUUUCCAAAUACACGAGUUGAUGCUUAUGAGAAAACUCUUAAUGUUCUUGGAAGCAGGAAGAUGUUGGUUGGUGUGGAUCGAUUCUCAUUAAUAACUAGGCAACAUGGUUCUACCGGAGGCCUUAGGGUAUUGCAUAAUUGCUAUAUUGAUUCUGUUGGAUCAGAAGAUAAGUCACAAAUUGGAGAAGUCAAGAUGCAACUUCAAAUUGAUUGCAAGACAACAAAGACAUUGUCGGACCAUAAAUCAAUUAAUAGAUCAAAGGUGUUGGAUGGUGAGCAUCCAUUUGCAUUAAGAAUGAGGCAACAUGGUUAUACUGGAGGAUUGAAGAUGUUGCAUCACUGUUACAUUGAUUCUAUUGGUCAAGAAAAUAAGUCUGAUGAACUGAAGAUGGAAGCUCAAAUCCAUUGCAUAACUGAAAAAACUUCGUUGGGCAUGAAAGCAACCAUGUAGAUGAGAGGAUGAACACACAAGAUUUGUUAUUUUAUUACCUUCAUAGCUUAGCUAGUUGUAAAGUACUGUUCUAAGGAAUUUGGCAUAUGGCUCAAAUUCAUUUACUACGAA